AUGGUGCGGGCGUUCCUGCUGCUGGCGCUGGGCGGCCCCGGCUCCGGCCCUGGCCACGCCCCCGGCCACGCCCCCUGCCGCGUGCUGCUGGCGCGCGCCUUCGCCCCCCCGGGGACCCCACCCGGGACCCCCCCCGGGUCCCCCCCCCGGCAGCGCCUCCGCCGCAAGGAGCAGCUGCUGGCCGUGGCCAGGCAGGUCGCCUCCCACUGCCACCUUCACCAAGCAUCCUCCGGCCGCCCCCCGGCCCCGCCGCUUGCCGAGGACCCCCCGUCCCUCCACAACGCCCCGGGGGGGCUCUUCCGGCUGCCCCCCGGCGACCCCUUCCCCCAAGGGACCUCGGUCGCCUGGCUGGCGGCCCCCAACCUCGCCUUCGCCCUGGUCUGCGACCCCCGGGAGAACCUGGCGCUGGCCGAGGGCACCCUGCGGCACCUCGCCCCCCGCCUGCUGGCCGCCCUGCGCCCCCCCGGCACCGGCGUCCUGCUGCGGCCCGACGCCGCCGACCUCCUCCUCGACCGGCUCCUGCCCCACGGGCAGCUCCUCUUCCUCAGCGAGCGCUUCCUCCAGGCCGCGGACCGCGAGCUGUCACGCUGA